UAAACUGUUUGUUUUGCCUUUGCUUGUCCAAAUAGAUCAUAACGCUCCCACGAGAAAGACACUGGGGUCCGUUUUGUCCAGUCAGUGGAAAUUCGUUCGAGAUAUCAGUAACGCCAUCAGUUCGCUGAGGAAAUAGACGAACAACCGGACAUAAGUUUCGAGUUACUACAAAUUGUAAAAAAGUUCAAGUUUGAGGACUUUUUAAUUAAAGCAUCUUGAAUUAAGGUCUUGAAAACCACUGUUAAAGUUAAAGUGGUUAAAAGAACAUCAAGGUUUAUUUUAAAAUUGUUAUUAUGCUAUUGAGGCUAUUGUAAUUGUAUUAAAUUACACAGUCGGGAGGAUAUAUUUGAAUGAGGUAGGAAUCCGCGGUGAAGUGUUGGUGGAACUCUGCGUGCGGUGAUAGGAUUAGAACGGGACAGGUAUCGACUGGGCCAGGAGGCAGGAGCGUACCUCUUGUUCACAGGUGAACCAAUAACUUACCUUCGCACACAGGUAAAAGAGAGAGAUCGUAGCUUGGCACAGGCGGAGCAAGGUCCAUACUAAAUGGCAUGACAUCCUUACGGAGUCUAGGAAAUAUUGAUCUAAAAUCGCGGACAAUACGAACUGGGACAAGUACCCGACAAGGAUACCUCACAUUAUGUGGGAAACAUCCGUCGCAUUGAGGAAAUGCUUUAUUUCAUAUGGAAUUGUAUUUUCUAUCUUAUUUAAAAUAACAUCAGGGUGUAUAUUAUUGCUCAACGGAUGGGAGCCCCUGAGUGUCCAGGAUAAGGCUCUCCUUGCAGAUAUAGUAGUGACGGGCUCCGUCAGGAAUGCUUAUAAAAAUAUACGGACGUCAGCAGAUACAUAUUCUAUCGAAUUUCAAAUAGCCAACGUUUUAAAAGGCAAAAAAAUGUUAGAGACAAUCAAAAUUGACCCUAAAUUACCAAAUGUAUAUAAUAUAAGUAAUUUUGGUGAUCGAAUAAUGUGCUAUGCUGAUGUAAAUCCUGGAGAUAACCAUAUACUAUUUCUAACGACAUUUGGAGGUCGUUUGUCUGCUAAAUAUGAUGAUAUUUUUGGUGCUGCUGGAGCCUACAAUUUGCAAAAUGAGGAAUACGUAUUAGAAACAUUAGGAUGGAAAGGCUGGUCCUCCUGGAGCAGAUGCAGUACUACGUGCCACAAGGGAUACCAGACUAGAAAGCGAAAGUGCAUGAGGGAGAAACCGUGUGAGGGACAGGGUUCUGAGUCAAGGGAAUGCAAUGGAUUCCCGUGUAAAGGUGCCAUCGACCUCCUCUCUGCCCUGUCAUUAAGUUCUUUACCCUCGGGAGUGACAGUCCCCGAGGAAAGACCCUCGGCAUACAGACUCGAAGCCAAUGCCAAAAUCAACCUGCCUACAUCAAAACUUUUUCCGGAAUUUUUCCCUCCGGAUUUUUCUGUGAUAAUUACUGCUAAACCUGAAAAGAACAACGCUGGUUAUGUGUUCACUGUAAGUGACUUAAUGGGACGGGUGAACAUUGGUAUAGAAGUAGGAAACAAUCCAAUAUUUUAUUAUUCUGAUAAAAACAAUAUGCCAGCUACGAGGUCGCCAAAAUUCUCUGUCAAUUUGAGCGACGGACAAUGGCAUCAAUUUGCCUUCAGUGUUCGUGGACAAUCAGUGACAUUGUAUUUGGAUUGUAUAUUACAAAGGACGAAACAAUUGGAACGGAGCAGCAUACCAAACAUAGGAGUAAAGACAGUAACUGGAGUGGGCUCGGCUUUCGGAGACAAAAUCAAAAAGCAUUUUGUGGGUGAGAUAGAGCAAUUGACCAUCAUAGGUGACCCGGAUGCAGCGAGACUACAGUGUAAUAACGAACAGUCAGACAACGUCAUCAGGCUAGCCCCUUCCAACAAUAUUGACCCAGUUGAUAACGACCGUGUUCCAAAUGAGGAGGGUAGGGGUGGAAAGCGACGACGUCGUAAUCGAAAGAGAAAAUUUCGAUGGUCGAGUUGGUCACCGUGUAGUGUGACGUGUGGACGAGGAGAAAAGAGUAGAACGGCAUUCUGCUUAGACAACGCAGUCACCGUUGACGAAUGUCUAGGCCCAAAGAGAAAAAAGGUCCAAAUUAGACGCUGCAAAAUGUCAUCUUGUCCAAACAAAUGUUCUCCUGAGUGCCUACACGGUGGAAAGUGUAACAAGCGUGGAAAGUGUAAGUGCACCCUUGGCUACUCUGGGGUCCAGUGUCAAACCGUCGCUUGCCGUGUCCGGUGUCAAAAUGGCGGCUACUGCAAUGAACCCAACAUAUGCACGUGUCUCCCGGGAUACACCGGGGAGAAAUGUGAAACACCUGUCUGUGAAAAUGAGUGCAUGAAUGGUGGCCGCUGUAUAGCUCCCAAUAAGUGUUCUUGUCCGCACGGCACACUACCUCCCCUAUGUAAAGCGGCCUGUACGUCUCCUUGUUACAAUGGGGGUAGUUGCCAUGGUAAUAAUAUAUGCAAGUGCCUUCCUGGUUACUCAGGUAACCAAUGCCAAACAGCCGUAUGUGAACAAGGUUGCGUCAAUGGAGGAAGCUGCAUUGCUCCCAACACAUGUUCCUGUCCCCAUGGUUACACGGGAUCAGAUUGCAGCCAACCUUUAUGUUAUCCGGAGUGUCAGAAUGGUGGUACGUGUCUCUACCCGUACUUUUGUCUAUGUAGGCAAGGUGCAUAUGGAGCGUAUUGUCAAAAAUAUACAUGUACUCCUAUGUGCCUGAAUGGUGGCCGCUGUGUGGGUCCUAACCAAUGCCAAUGUCCCCCGGGCUAUACGGGUCAUUACUGCCAGACAGCAUUUUGUUCUGGAGGAUGUCAGAACGGUGGUGUGUGUAUUGCGCCCAAUACAUGCGCCUGCAGAGAUGGUUUCCAAGGCGACAUGUGUGAAAGAAGGAAAUGUCGUUACCAAGUAUGCAGGCAGUCGUACAAUAGAGCAUUCAGACGCCUACAGAGGGAGGUGUUCUCGGCACCAUGUGGACCAUGGAAAAGAAAUACAUGUACCAAGACAAAGCUGGUGUAUAAAACCAUAUAUAGGAUAGCAUUUCGUCCAGUGUACAGAUGUGUCUGAAAACUAUAAAACCUGCUCUUGGGGGAUUGAUGCUGAUUGGAUGAACGUCAGUUAGGACGAUGCAAUAAAUUGUAAAUUAGUUGUUGUAAAUGUUGUUAAUUUUAUAUUGUAAUUUGAUGUACAUAUUAAGAAAUAAAUUAAGAAGUUAUUUUAUACUAAAAAUCUGGUGUAAGUAUUCUAGUCAUACACAUGUUAACGUGUACAACUUUCUAGCUGAAUGCAUGUAAAUAUAGAUACAAAAAAAACUAAUCAAAAGUUGAAUAUCAUUUUAUAAGCUUUAUUCCUUAUUGAUUGUGUCAUACACUGCAUAGAAUAUAGUGGCAUUUAGCCACUGUUAAUGUGGCCCCAUUACAAGUAUUAAUAGAGCUCGAAAACCAUUGUUAAUAUGGCCCCUUUACAACUGUAAAAAUGAACCAAUUGUAAAGUGUUAGAAAAGCAAAUUUGAUAUACUGAAAUAGUAAUGCCAGCGCAAUCAAAUACUCAUCAAAUUGAGCUCAAAGGCCAUUCUCUGUAGUUCUGAUCCAAAUAACUCAAAUAUAUUCUGAAUUCAAGAAUGAAAAGAAACUUAUACAUUGAUAACUUUUUCUGAAAGUAUCAAAUCUUAAGAAAAUUAUUUAUGAGGUAAGAGAUUUUAUUGAAAUAAGAAAGAUGUGAUAAGUAAAAUUCAAUUCUGAAAAUAUGCUGCUCCAUAGGUGGACAAUAUUCUUUUAAAUCUUUGAUAUUUUCUAAGAAUGUUUAUAUAAUGGUAAAGGUGGUAGGUUACAGACCAUUAAGAAUUGAAGCAUUUUGGGGUUAGAAAAG